CUCCUCUGAAGAGCUUAAAGCUGCCUACCGGAGGCUGUGUAUGCUUUACCAUCCAGACAAGCACAGAGACCCAGAGCUCAAGUCACAAGCGGAACGACUAUUUAACCUUGUUCACCAGGCUUAUGAAGUGCUUAGUGAUCCCCAAACCAGGGCCAUCUAUGAUAUAUAUGGGAAGAGAGGACUGGAAAUGGAAGGAUGGGAGGUUGUGGAAAGGAGGAGAACACCUGCAGAGAUCAGAGAAGAGUUUGAGCGUCUGCAGAGAGAGAGGGAGGAGAGGAGGCUACAGCAGCGAACCAACCCCAAGGGAACGAUCAGCGUGGGAGUAGAUGCCACUGACCUUUUUGAUCGCUACGAUGAGGAGUAUGAAGAUGUAUCCGGAAGUGGCUUUCCGCAGAUUGAAAUUAACAAAAUGCACAUAUCCCAGUCCAUUGAGGCACCCUUGACAGCUACAGACACAGCCAUCCUCUCUGGAAGCCUCUCAACCCAGAAUGGGAAUGGAGGGGGUUCCAUUAACUUUGCGCUCAGACGAGUCACUUCUGCGAAGGGAUGGGGAGAGUUGGAAUUUGGAGCUGGAGACCUACAGGGACCUUUAUUCGGUCUCAAGCUGUUCCGUAAUCUCACACCAAGAUGCUUUGUGACGACAAACUGUGCUCUGCAGUUUUCGUCCCGUGGAAUCCGGCCUGGCCUUACCACUGUCCUAGCUCGGAACCUAGACAAGAACACUGUCGGCUACCUGCAGUGGCGCUGGGGAAUCCAGUCGGCCAUGAACACUAGCAUCGUCCGGGACACUAAAACCAGCCACUUCACUGUGGCUCUGCAGCUGGGAAUCCCUCACUCCUUUGCACUGAUCAGCUAUCAGCACAAGUUCCAAGACGACGAUCAGACGCGCUUGAAAGGAUCUCUCAAGGCAGGCUUCUUUGGGACGGUGGUAGAGUACGGGGCCGAGAGGAAGAUCUCCAGGCACAGUGUUCUGGGCGCAGCUGUCAGCAUUGGAGUCCCACAAGGCGUUUCCCUCAAAGUCAAGUUAAACAGGGCCAGCCAGACUUACUUCUUCCCUAUUCAUCUGACGGAUCAGCUACUUCCCAGUGCUGUGUUCUAUGCCACUGUGGGGCCUCUUGUGGUCUACUUUGCUAUGCACCGUCUGAUCAUCAAACCAUACCUCAGGGCUCAAAAAGAGAAGGAAUUGGAGAAGCAAAGGGAAAGCACCGCCUCCGACAUACUGCGGAAGAAACAAGAGGCAGAAGCUGCUGUGCGGUUGAUGCAGGAAUCUGUCCGAAGAAUAAUUGAGGCAGAAGAGUCCAGAAUGGGCCUCAUCAUCGUGAACGCUUGGUAUGGGAAAUUUGUCAAUGACAAGAGCAAGAAGAGCGAGAAGGUGAAGGUGAUUGACGUCACAGUGCCCCUGCAGUGCCUGGUGAAGGACUCGAAGCUCAUCCUUACGGAGGCCUCCAAGGCUGGGCUGCCUGGGUUUUAUGACCCGUGUGUGGGUGAAGAGAAGAACCUGAAAGUGCUUUAUCAGUUCCGAGGUGUCCUGCAUCAGGUGAUGGUGCUGGACAGUGAGGCCCUCCGGAUACCAAAGCAGUCUCACAGGAUCGAUACAGAUGGAUAAACUGCUCGAGUACCAGAUUAAAAAGAAGCUGCAAAAAAUCUUUUCCUGGGAGUCUACAAAUUUGGAAGCAGGGAAGAACCCAGACAUGAGAUGUUUUUAUUUUAUAUUAUUCCCAUAGAAGGUGGCACCAUAUCACUUAUGUGAAGGGACACACAGACACCCCAGCUUUCAUGGGUGCUGUAGGUAGGAUGGAGGCAGCCCCACCUGGACCAGACCACAGCAGGGCCCAUGGCUGUCUUCCCAAGGAUCAUGUUCCUGGAGCAAAAGACCUUGGGCCCAUGGACUCUUCCAGGUCCCUCCCCAGGUUUCCCAGUAUGUGUGCUGGCGCAGCCUGCCUCCCAUAGUUCCUGGUUCUGUCUGGAGGUAUUUAUGGAACACCCUGCCCUCACACAUAGGACUGUGAACUACUUUUCCUCAAAUGCACACUAAACAUGGGAAACAAAAUGGAAAGGAAGGAAGGCUUUUUCACGUGCCGAGGCCUCCAGAUAAAGGGAGCAUCUGUUCAGUCGACUUCCCACAAACCAUGUUAUUAAUGCUGAAAUAUUACUAAGUGAAUCUGGAGAGGAGUGUGGGUUUAUAAAACUGCUUUUUAUCUGAGAACAAGCAGGUUUGGAAAUUAGUCUUUUUUCCCCACUCCCAGAGCUUAUCAAAUCAUUCCACCAGCUCCUGGCUUGGGACAGAGUGGCGUAAGUCCUGGUCCUGAAGACCUUCCCUGUUACCAGUCGCUUCCCAUAUCCCUGUGGGAAAAGACCCUACUGCCAGCCAGCAGGUGCAAGCUGAUCUAUGUCCCUGUCACCCUACGACACAGCGCAGCUUGGCCUGCCUGUGCCCACCCCGUCUAGAGUGCAGGGCUGAAAUGAGAAAAGGGCAAAAUGUAGACGAAGGGGGAGUGAGGCCAGGGCUCAGACAAGUGCUCAAUCCCAAGGUCCGGGCACCACGGCCACAGCCCACUGGACUGGCGCACCUGUGCCUCACUGGCAAGUGCCCAAAAGUGGCACCGUUGCUCCCUACACUUGGCCAGGUCCAGCCCUUCCUCCUGGACUCCCUUCACUGGCCUGCUGUGUGGGUGCAGAACGGUGUAAGAGCUGGGAUGCCCCUGAGCAGUCUGCGCUGCAGCGGAAAACAGUUUGGAUGAGCGGAGGCCUGUCGCGUGGGUCCUGGAAUUGCAGUGGUCACUUGCUGACCUCCAAGCAGGUGCUGCGUGGGCAGUGGUUGUGGCAGCUGGAUCUGGAGGCUGGCAGCCACUUUUGGCCUCCAGCUCCCCUGCAGCUGUUGCCAAAUUAAGGCCUCCCUCUCAGGCCCCAGUAUCAGAGUAAUUACUAAGUAGCCUCUUCCUACAGUUAAAAGCAGUUCAGGCUGUCUAAUUCUGUAGUAUUUAUCUCCAUUUAAAAAAGAAGGGCUGGCCAGUUCAGUUGGUCAUAGUGAGGUGCUGUAACACCAAGAUCAAGAGUUUGGAUCCCCAUACCGGCCAGCCACCAAAAGAAUAGAAAAAGAAAAAGACAAAGUAGUACUCAGGCUGGCCCCCUGACUGAGCCGUGCAGUAAAAAUCAUGUUGCAUGAACCCUGACUUGGAACGUGGCCCUGUGCAUCCUCUGCCAUGGGAGGUUCUUUUGGGCACCAAUCCUCUCUUGUUUGAAGUUGACUGUACAGGAGGCACUCUCUCACCACAAUAAACCUUUCCUGAAAGCUGA